AUGACAUCCCCCGCAAGUCUCAACAACGGCGAAGCCGUGCCCGCAAUCACCACCCGACCACUUGUCAUCCACGUUGGGGAAAGCAGAGUUUGCAUUCCCGUUUCGACCGAGGUCGACCAAUGGAUUGCGGCAGAGGUCAUUAGAGAUGAUUUCGUUCAUGCCGAGUCAACCCAAGAGAACGUCGUACAGCUUGAGGACCCCACGCAGGCAACGAUCGCCUUGCACGCACGUUUCCUCGGGUACAUUGCACAGAGGGUUGGCGAAGACGCGCCUGUCGACGCGAAUGGCGGGUGUCCCUCGCGUAAGGCUCGCCUCAUGGUCCUCCUCAAGGCCUUUUCACACUUCUUCACAACUUAUCUUACCGCCAUCGAUAUCCACUCCCUCGUGUCCGCAUUUGACGUCGACACACGCAAGUCGGUGCUCUCGUCGUUUUACCUGGCGUUCGCGACCCUCCAGCAACACGAAGUCGCUGACGUUCCUCGGCUCCCAACUCCUUCCUUGCUCGAGGAGGUGAGCAAUGGAAACGCGUCAGUAUAUGCGCUGUUCGGCGGUCAGGGCAUCAACGAGGUGUAUUUCAAUGAGCUGCAGACUAUUUACGACAUCUACAAGCCGUUUGUCAAGGCGUUCCUCGAGGCUGCGAUCGAGGCCCUCAAACCACUCGCAGAGGCACACCAAUCGUCCUCAUUUUACACUCACGGUCUCGAUGUUCUCGCUUGGUUGAACGGAACGCAACCCGUCCCACCCGUUUCUUACCUGGCCUCCGUUCCCGUUUCAUUCCCUCUCAUCGGUCUUACCCAGUUCGUCCAAUUCCUCAUCACGUCACGCGUCUCGGGGUUGUCUCCCGCUGAGCUCGGCGCGCGUAUGGCUGGCGCGACGGGUCAUUCUCAAGGCAUUCUCACUGCGCUCUGCGUCUCGGCGUCCACGGACGACGAAUCGUACCUCGAGAACGCGCGUAAGGGUCUUAGGUGGUUGUUCUUCGCUGGCUUGCGUGGACAGCAAGCCUUCCCUGUCCUCGCCCUCGAGCCGGGUAUCGUGGACGACGCGGUCGAAGGCGGCGAAGGCUAUCCCACGCCCAUGUUAUCGGUCGUCGGCCUGCAGCUCAAAGAUCUCGAGCCGCAUGUAGCGAAGACCAACAAGCACCUUCCUGACAACUCGAAGCUACAUAUCUCACUUCAUAAUGGAUCGAAGGCGUUCGUCGUCACGGGUCCUCCCCGCUCUCUCUACGGCUUGGUUACUAGCCUGAGGAAGGUUAAGGCUCCGAGCGGUCUCGAUCAAAGCAAGACUCCCUUCUCCCAACGCAAGCCCGUUUUCUCUGUUCGCUUCCUAGUCGUCGGCGUUCCAUACCACAGCGACUAUCUGGCUGGCGCAGCAGAGAAGGUCUGUGAGACGGAUUUGGCGGGUGAGGAGUUGUGGAAUGUCGAGCAGCUGAGAAUCCCGGUGUUCCACACCGAAGACGGCUCGGAUCUCCGCCAGUUAACGACGAGCCUCACACGCUCUAUCUGCGAUCAAGUUUUCACGUCCGCGCUGCACUGGACGAAGGCGACCGACUUCCCUGAGUCUGCAACUCACGCCAUCGACUUCGGGCCUGGCGGCCUCAGCGGUAUCGGUCCUCUCACGGCCCGUAGCCUUGACGGCCGAGGUGUUCGGGUUAUCGUUGCGGGUGAUAAGGGGAGGGGAGAUGCGGAGCUGUACUCGAUUCGCGGCAUCAAGACAGAGCAGUCGUGGGUGAAGAAGUGGUCGCCUUCGCUGGUGAAGACCAGCGAUGGUAAGAUCCACAUCGACACCCCCUUCAGCCGCCUAUUGGGGAAGCCCCCGAUCAUGGUCGCUGGCAUGACGCCGACGACUGUGAAGGCCGGUUUUGUCUCUGCUGUCCUCAACGCAGGCUACCAUGUCGAGCUCGCGGGAGGAGGCCACUACUCUCCUGCCGCUCUCCGCGCCAAGAUCACAGAAAUCCAGUCGAAAGUCCCCGCUGGUGUCGGUAUCACCUUGAAUGCGCUCUACAUCAAUCAGCGCCAGUUCACGUUCCAGCUCCCUCUAUGGCAGGAGAUGCGCUUGGAGGGUCUACCCAUCGAGGGCUUCUGCGUUGCCGCUGGUAUCCCGACUACCGAGAAGGCGGCCGAGAUCAUCGAUGGCCUUACGCGUGCAGGUAUCCGCCACGUUGCCUUCAAGCCUGGUUCGGUCGAUGGUAUCCGCCAGGUCGUUAACAUCGCUGCCGCUAACCCCCACUUCCCCAUCAUCCUGCAAUGGACUGGAGGUCGCGCUGGCGGUCACCAUUCCUGCGAAGACUUCCAUCAGCCCAUUCUUUCAACGUAUCGCUCUAUCAGGCAGCAGAGCAACAUCUGCCUCGUUGGCGGUUCCGGCUUCGGUGGUGCGGACGAUACAUGGCCCUACCUCACGGGUGAUUGGUCCAAGGAGUACGGUGCGCAGCCGAUGCCUUUCGACGGCUUCCUGUUCGCUAGUCGCGUCAUGGUGGCGAAGGAGGCACAUACUAGUUCCUCUGUCAAGGAUCUCAUUGUGGCUGCAGCUGGUGUCGAUGACUCGAAGUGGGAGGGGACCUACGUCAAGGAGACUGGUGGAAUUCUUACUGUGCGCUCGGAGCUCGGCGAGCCGAUUCACAAGAUCGCCACGCGGGCUGUCAAGCUGUGGAAGGAGUUCGACGAUACCGUGUUCAAGCUACCGAGGGAGAAGCGCGAGGCGUGGCUCAAGGAGCGUCGCGCCGAGGUCAUUAAGAAGCUGAAUGCGGACUUUGCGAAGCCUUGGUUUGGGUGGAAGAAGGAUGGGUCGGUCGUCGAGGAAAUCGGAGACAUGACCUACGAGGAGACGGUUUUGCGCCUUGUGCGCUUGAUGUACGUCGCGCACCAAGACCGCUGGGUUGACAUCUCGUUGAGGAACAUGACGGGUGACUGGCUGAGGCGCGUGGAGGAGCGGUUCGCCGGUGUCAAUGGCGGUGGGCAUAAAGCAUCAAUCCUGCAGUCGUACACGUCUCUCGACAAGCCCGGUCCGUUUGUGGAGGAGUUCUUCAAGAAAUACCCUCUGGCGACGGAGCAGCUGAUUGCGUCGGAGGACAAGGCGUUCUUCAUGACGAUCGCUCAGCGCCCUGGCCAGAAGCCAGUCCCUUUCAUCCCCGUGCUCGAUUCUACCUUCGAGGUCUGGUUCAAGAAGGAUUCUCUCUGGCCCGCAGAGGACAUCGAUGCGGUCUUCGACCAGGACCCCCAGCGUGUGUGCAUCUUGCAGGGUCCUCUCGCUGUGAAGCACUCGAAGGUCAAGGAUGAGCCCAUCAAGGAGAUGCUCGACAACAUCACUUCCGAUCUCACCUCCAAGCUCCUCGAACGCCUGUACAGCGGCGAUGAGAGUAAGGUCCCGACACUCGAGUACUUGGGUGCGAAGCCCGUGGCGUCGCCUGUCAGGAAGCUCGCGGGUGUUGAGGUCAAGGAGCAGGGUGACGAGGUCGUCUUCACCACAUCGAGCAUGAUCCCUGAGAAGGACGUCUGGCUCAGCUACAUUUCAGGCCACAAGCUGAACUGGUGGAAGGCUCUUGUCUCGUCGUCCACUGUCGUUCAGGGCACGUCUUACAUCGACAAUCCUCUCCGUCGCCUCUUCACUCCUCGUGCUAACCAGAAGGUCGUCAUGGCUUGCUCCUCUCGCGUUCCCGUGUCCGUUGCGCUGUAUGGCGCUGCUCGCUCUUACGGUGAGCAGAGAAGUGACUUCAAGGCUGCCGAGAUCGUCUACAACGACCAGGAGAAGAUCAUUGAUGUUACGUUGUUUGAGUACCGCCGCGAGUCAUCAGUUCCUCUCCACCUUCAAUUCCGUUACGUCCCUUCGCAGCCCUACGCGCCGAUUCACGAGGUCGCUGAGGGUCGUAACAACCGCAUCAAGGACUUCUAUUGGCGCCUUUGGUUCGGCGACAAUGAGACCUUGCCUGAGAUCAACGUCCGCGACACCCUCUCUGGACCUCCCGUCACGAUCACGGCGGAGGACGUCGAGACAUUCUGCGCUGUUGUCGGUAACCAGCAGGAGGCUUUCAAGACUGUGCGGACAGAAGAGGUGAAGGCCCCCAUGGACUUCGCGAUCGUCACUGGCUGGCAGGCCAUCAUGAAGUCGAUCUUCCCUACGACCAUCGACGGGGACCUGCUUAAGCUUGUCCAUCUGACCAACGGCUUCAGGGUCAUCACAGGUGCUAAGGCGCUGAAGGCUGGCGACGUAUGCCAGGCGGAGGCAAAGGUUACUGCCGUCAUCAACAGCGACGCUGGAAAGACAGUCAAGGUCCAGGGUCACGUCAUCUGUGAGGGCAAGCCAGUCAUUGAGGUUACCUCGUCGUUCUUGUACCGCGGUCGGUUCACGGACUACGAGAACACUUUUGAGACGGUUGAAGAGCCGGACUACCUUGUCGAGCUCAACAGUGAUGCCGAUGUCGGCGUUUUGCAGUCGAAGGAGUGGUUCGAGUGGGAUGACGAGACGAAGCCUCUCCAGGCAGGCACGGGCCUCAUCUUCCGCCUCAAGUCGGAGGUCACCUACAAGGACAAAGUCAACUACCGCUCUGUGGCUAUCUCUGGCGACAUCUGCGUCCGCGACCAGCUCAAGCGCCUCGUCAAGGUCGGCUCUGUCCUGUACGAGCGGGACAACUGCAAGGGCAACCCCGUCGUCGCUUAUGUACAGCGAAAUGGCAGUCCACAGGGUCUCGCGUCUCCUCUGGCGAAUGAUGGCUACACCCUGGGCGUCGCCACCAACACCACUUACAAGUCGCCUUUCACUAACGAACCCUACUCGAAGAUCUCUGGGGAUUUCAACCCCAUCCACGUGAACCCUUACUUCUCCGACUAUGCCUCCCUCCCCGGAACCAUCACCCAUGGGAUGUGGUCGAGCGCGGCGACUCGUCGGUAUGUCGAGAACGUCGCUGCCGAAGGCAAUCCUGAUCGCGUGCUUGCGUACAACGUUGCAUUCGUGGGUAUGGUUCUUCCUGGCGAUGAGCUCACGGUCAAGGUCAAGCACACCGGUAUGCGCGACGGCAACUUCGUCAUCAAUGUCACGACCUCCAACGAUCGCGGCGAAAAGGUCCUUGAGGGCACCGCCGAGGUCGCUCAGCCAAGUACUGUCUAUGUCUUCACUGGCCAAGGCUCGCAAGAGCCUGGUAUGGGCAUGGACCUGUACAACAACUCACCUGCCGCUCGUGCUGUAUGGGAGGAUGCCGACGCCCACUUGCUCGCAGUCUAUGGUUUCUCCAUCGUCGAGAUCGUCAAGGACAACCCGAAGGAGAAGACCAUCCACUUUGGUGGUAUCAAGGGCCAGGCCAUCCGUCAACGAUACAUGGACAUGACCUACGACACCAUGGACAAGGAUGGUAAUGUCAAGACGCUUCCCCUCUUCUCCGACAUCAACCUCCGCACCCCCAAGUAUACUUUCAGCCACCCCAACGGUCUCCUCUUCGCCACUCAGUUCGCUCAGAUCGCGCUCGUCGUCACCGAAAAGGCAGCGUUUGAGGAUAUGCGUGCGCGCGGUGUCGUCCAGCGCGACUGCGCAUUCGCCGGACACUCUCUCGGCGAGUACUCUGCCCUCGCUUCUAUUGCCGACGCGCUCCCCGUCUCCUCUCUCGUCGACGUCGUCUUCUACCGCGGCAUCACCAUGCAACGUGCUGUGGAGCGUGAUUCGCUGAACCGGUCGAACUAUGCUAUGUGUGCCGUCAAUCCGAGCCGUAUCUCCAAGACUUUCAAUGAUGCCGCCUUGCGCGAGGUGGUCGAAGCCAUCGCUACCCGCACCGGCUGUCUCGUUGAGAUCGUCAACUUCAACGUCGAGGGUCAACAAUAUGUCUGUGCUGGAGAGCUGGUCGCGCUUCAGACCCUCACCAACGUCCUCAAUUAUCUCAAGAUUGAGAAGGUGGACAUCGCAAAGUUGACGGAGAUGUUCAGCAUUGAGAAAGUCAAGGAAAUGCUGGCAGAAAUCGUCGAGAACUGCUACAAGCGCGCCGAGGAGCAGCGCAAGGCUGAAGGCCACAUCAAGCUAGAGCGCGGCUUCGCCACGAUCCCUCUUCCCGGUAUUGAUGUGCCCUUCCAUUCUCGUUACUUGUGGGCGGGUGUUAUGCCUUUCCGCGCUUACCUCUCGAAGAAGAUCAACGCUGCCCAUCUGAACGCGGACAUGCUCGAGGGCAAGUACGUGCCGAAUCUUGUAGCCAAGCCGUUCGAGGUCUCGAAGGAGUACGCCCAACUUAUAUAUGACCAAACGUCUUCGCCGCGCUUGUCCAAGGUUCUGCGCAAGUGGGACGAGGAGAAUUGGGGCGAUGUUGAACAACGUCAGAAAUUGGCCUACACUAUCCUCGUGGAGCUGUUGGCCUACCAGUUCGCGUCGCCGGUUCGUUGGAUUGAGACUCAGGAUCUCCUCUUCACCAAGUACCAGUUCGAGCGUUUCGUCGAGAUCGGCCCAUCCCCUACGUUGACGGGCAUGGCUUCGCGGACGUUGAAGGCGAAGUAUGAGGCCCAGGACGAUUCCACUGGUCGCACUCGUGUUAUUCUAUGCCACGCCAAGCACGGAAAGGAGAUCUACUACCAGUUUGAGGAUGAAGAUGAUACCGCUACCUCGGAGGCUGCUCCUGCUGAUGCCGUCGCUGUUGCUGCACCCGUCGCCGUCGCCGCUCCAGUCGUUGCGGCGGCUGCUUCUGGCCCCGCUGUCUCCAUUGAGGACGCUCCCGUCAAGGCUGUCGAGAUUUUGGUGGCCAUCGUCGCGCAAAAGUUGAAGAAGAAGGUCGAGGAGAUCCCGCUGUCAAAGUCCAUCAAGGACCUUGUUGGUGGCAAGUCGACGAUGCAGAACGAGAUUCUUGGCGACCUGCAGGUUGAAUUCGCAUCGGCUCCAGAGAAGGGCGAGGAGUUACCGCUUGAAGAACUCGGCGCCGCUCUAGGAGCUGGCCACUCAGGCAGUCUCGGAAAGUACACGACCGGUGUCGUUUCGCGCAUGAUUGGUGGCAAGAUGCCUGGCGGCUUCAACCUGUCUGCUAUCAAGAGUCAUCUCGCGAAGACUUGGGGCUUGGGUUCCUCUCGUGCGGAUGGCGUGCUCCUCCUCGGUACUACGAUGGAGCCUGCGAAGCGUCUCGGGUCGGAAGCUGAGGGCAAGGCGUGGUUGGACGGCGUGGUAGCCAUUUAUGCGCAGCGAUCAGGCAUUUCGUUAUCUCAAGGCGGCGCGGCUGGUGGAGGCGGAGGUGCAUCUGGAGGCGCUGUCAUCAACAGCGAGGAGUUCAUCAAGUUCCAGGCUGAACAGGAGCAGUUUGCUGCCCAGCACGUCGAGCUCUACAUGCGCUACCUCAAACGUGACUCGCGCGCUGGUGAGAUGGCCUUUGACAAGGAAAAGGCGAACUCAGCUGCGCUUCAGGCGAAGUUGGAUAGCAUCACUCGGGAGCAUGGCGACGCCUACAUCGAUGGGAUUCAGCCCAUCUUCGACGCACUCAAAGCGCGCCACUUCGACUCUUCUUGGAACUGGGUCCGCCAGGAUGCGCUGCUGAUGUUCUACGACAUCAUCUUCGGACGUCUCACCACUGUCGACCGCGAGAUCACUGCUCGUUGUAUCGCUAUCAUGAACAGGGCUGAUCCCGAUCUCAUCACGUACAUGCAGCACGUCAUCGACCAGGUGGAUGCCUCCCGCGGAGAUACAUAUGCUCUCGCCAAGAAGUUCGGUCAGCAGUUGAUCGACAACUGUAGCGAAGUCGUUGGGCAGCCACCUUUGUACAAGGAUGUCACGUUCCCCACUGCACCACACACCGAGGUCAGCGCUAAGGGCGACAUCAUCUACUCGGAGAUCGUGCGCGAGAAUGUUCGCAAGCUCGAGGCAUACGUCGAGGAAAUGGCCACCGCUGACAACAUCGCUGGGUCGGUCAAUAUUCAGAAGAUUCAAGAUGACGUCCUCAAACUCUGGAACGUAGUGAAGACACAGCCCGAGAUCAGCGUAGAGCAGAAGAACCGCAUCAAGGCUUUGUACGAAGGUGUGGUGCGCACUCUGCGCAAGACUCCGGAGGCCCGUCCUCGGCCCGGUGCUCCUCGGAGCAGGCGCUCGUCAUCCCAAUUCCUUCGUCCUCAAGUCUCUGGCGUUGCGUCCGUCACUGCCGACAAGGUUCCUCUUCUUCACCUGAAGCGUAAGGUCGGCACGAACUGGGAGUACAGCAGCAACCUGACCGGUGUCUACCUGGAUGUCCUCCACGAGAUCGCCACAUCCGGCACGACCUUCAAAGACAAGAAUGCUCUCCUCACUGGUGUCGGCAAGGGUUCUAUUGGCGUUGAGAUUCUCAAGGGCUUGCUCUCCGGUGGCGCUCACGUUGUCAUCACGACUUCUCGGUAUAGCCGCGCGACUGUGGAAUACUAUCAGGGCAUCUUCCAGCGCUUUGGUAGCCGCGGCUCUGCACUUACGGUCGUCCCCUUCAACCAGGGCUCCAAGCAAGACGUUGAGGCCCUUGUCGACUAUAUCUUCGCCACCCUCGGUCUUGAUCUCGACUACAUCCUUCCUUUCGCCGCCGUGCCCGAGAAUGGCCGAGAGAUCGACGGCCUCGACGACAAGUCCGAGCUUGCUCACCGGAUUAUGCUGGUCAACCUCCUCCGACUGCUUGGCGUUGUCAAAACUAAGAAAGCCAGUCGCCACUUCGUCACCCGCCCCACUCAGGUCAUUUUACCCCUUUCUCCUAAUCACGGUCUCUUCGGUAACGACGGAUUGUACUCCGAGUCCAAGAUCUCACUAGAGACUUUGUUCCAACGUUGGAACUCUGAGAGCUGGGGCGAAUAUCUCUGUUUGGCGGGCGCUGUUAUUGGUUGGACUCGCGGAACCGGUUUGAUGGAUGCCACGAAUAUGGUUGCUCAAGAUGUCGAAGCUCAUGGCGUUCGCACCUUCUCCGCGAAGGAGAUGGCAUUCAAUAUCCUUGGUCUCAUGCAUCCCUUGCUCUUCAGCAUCACGCAGGUUGAGCCUAUUUGGGCUGAUCUGAGUGGUGGCAUGGAUCGUCUCGCGGAUCUCGCGGAAAUCACAACCAGGAUUCGCCUCAAUCUGAACAAGAAGGCCGAGCUUCGUCGUGCGAUCACCAAGGACAACUCUGCCGAGUUCCAGGUCACUAACGGCGUAGAGGCUGAGCGAGUGCUCCAGACGGUGAACGUCACUCCUCGCGCGAACUUCCGGUUCGAGUUCCCCAAGCUGGAGCCCGCAGAGUCAUUCGAGCACCUGACGAAAUUGCGUGAGGUGAUCGACCUCGAAAAAACCAUCGUCAUCACCGGAUUUGCUGAAGUUGGCCCAUGGGGAAGUUCUCGUACUCGUUGGGAGAUGGAAGCGCGGGGCGAGUUCACUCUCGAGGGCUGUAUCGAAAUGGCCUGGAUGAUGGGUUACAUCAAGCACUUCGAUGGUCGCUUGAAGGACGGCUCUCUUUACGUUGGAUGGGUCGACGCUAAGACCAGUGAACCAGUCGACGACAAGGAUGUUCGUGGCAAGUAUGAGAAGGACAUCCGUCAACACGCUGGUGUGCGUCUUAUUGAGCCAGAGCUGUUCCGAGGCUACGAUCCCAAGCGCAAGGUGUUCAACCAAGAAAUUGAGUUGACUCACGAUCUGGAAGCCCUUGAGGUUUCGGAGGAUGAGGCUACCAAGUUCAAGAACGAGCACGGAGACAAGUGUGAUGCUUGGGCAGGUGAAGGCGGCCAGUGGUUUGUCAAGUUCAAGAAGGGCGUGCGCAUCCUUGUUCCCAAGUCCUUCACGUUCAGUCGUCAAGUCGGUGGGCAGAUUCCCACUGGCUGGGACGCCGGACGUUACGGUAUUCCUGAGGAUAUCAUCGCUCAAACAGAUCGCACUUCUCUGUGGGCUCUCGUCUGCACUGCGGAAGCCUUGAUCAGCUCUGGUAUCACUGACCCGUAUGAGCUCUACCAGCACAUGCACCCGUCCGACGUCGGGUCCAGUCUUGGAAGUGGUAUGGGCGGUAUGGAAAGUCUUGCGCAGAUGUUCAAGGACCGACGUGAGGAGAAGGCGGUGCAGAACGAUAUCCUUCAGGAGACGUUCAUCAACACGACCGCUGGUUGGGUUAACCUUCUGCUUCUUUCGUCUAGCGGCCCUAUUAAAAUCCCCGUUGGUGCUUGUGCCACUGCUUUGCAAUCGCUUGAGAUCGCUUGCGACACCCUACUAUCGGGCAAAGCGAAGGUUAUGAUCGCUGGAGGCUUCGACGAUCUGUCGGAGGAGGGUUCCUACGAGUUUGCCAACAUGAAGGCCACUUCAAACUCGGAGACAGAGUUUGCUAUGGGUCGUGAGCCCACGGAGAUGUCCCGGCCCACCACCACUACUCGUUCUGGGUUCAUGGAGGCUCAAGGUACCGGUGUCCAUGUCGUCAUGAGCGCGAAGACUGCGAUCGAGCUCGGAGCGCCUAUUCGAGGCAUAGUCGCAUUCACUUCCACUUCCACCGACAAAGCAGGACGAUCGGUCCCUGCGCCUGGCAGUGGUGCUCUUACCAUCGGGCGAGAAGUGUCCUCGAAGCAUCCCAUGCCGAUCCUGGACUUGGCUUACCGCUCUCGCCAACUUACGUUCCGCCGCAAGCAGAUCUCAGAGUGGCUCUCGCACGAGCAAGUGCAACUCAAGGAGGAGCUUGAAUACCGCCAAAGCCAAGGCGACUCCCCCGACGAGGAGUAUUUCGCGUCUCGUAUUGCCGACCUUGAAGCCGAGGCCAAACGCCAGGAGCAUGACGCGCUGGCGACAUAUGGUAUGCUCGAAGGGGCUGAUCCUCGCAUUGCACCUCUUAGGCGUGCACUUGCUGUCUGGGGCUUGACGGCCGAUGACAUCGAUGUUCUCUCUAUCCACGGGACGAGUACAGGGGCAAACGAGGCAAACGAGACGCACCUAUGGAACGAUGUCUUCACCAACAUCAACCGCACGCCUGGCAAUGCUGUUCCUGUGAUGGCGCAAAAGAGCUUGGUUGGUCACUCCAAGGGUGGAUCCGCCGCCUGGCAGAUGGCUGGUCUCUUGCAGACUGUUGUCAGUGGCAUUGUGCCCGGAAACCGUAACAACGACAACGUCGACGCCAAGUUCCAGCAGUACUCAUACUUGAUGUUCCCCUCGAAGACGAUCCAUACCAACGGCAUUCGCGCCGGUAUCAUGUCCUCCUUCGGCUUCGGUCAAGUCGGUGGCACUGCCCUUGUCGUUCACCCCCGCUACCUGUUUGCUGCUCUUGACACCUCUGUAUACGAGGCGUACAAGGUGCUCAACGGUGGCCGUUACGCGCAGUCGUACAAGGCGAUGUCCGAGAUGAUGAUCACCAACUCGCUCGUGAAGAUCAAGGAGGGAACACCAUAUCCCAGCGAACUGGAACGCACUGUGCUUCUCAACUCUAUGGCCCGCGCUACGCUUGACAAGAAGACGAACAGCUACAAGUUCACGGCGAAGCUUCAAACGGAGUUCAAGCCUGAUAUUGCGAACGUGAAGGCUGUUGAAGAGUCCUUGAAGGUCAACGCGUCGACAGCAGGAGUCGGAGUCGAUCAAGAACUUAUCUCUGCGGUCCCCUCUAGCAAUCCUAACUUCGUGUCUCGCAACUUCACUGAUGCUGAGAUUGCCUACUGCCGCUCCCAGCCAUCACCUCCCUCGUCAUUCGCUGCCCGCUGGGUUGGUAAGGAAGCUGUUUUCAAGUCUCUGGGAGUAGCCUCGAAGGGUGCGGCUGCUGCGAUGAAGGACAUUGAGAUCUUACCUGAUGGUGCUGGUGUGCCAACCGUGACGCUGCACGGGGAUGCGAAGGCAGCUGCCGAGAGCAAGGGUGUCUCUCAUAUUCAUCUGUCAUUGAGCCAUUCUGAUACUGUUGCCAUUGCAUUUGCUCAAGCCGAGACUACCGCAUGAUUAUAGACCGAGAGUGUUAUGGACUUUUGUUAUACGCUUUGAUGAUCCGUUUUUUUUUCUGUUUUCUCACCACGGUUGCUACGAUUAUACCUGGAUACAUUGUAUUAUAUGACGCAUGACAAAACUAAUGACAAUUCUCUUUUCAUUUCUUG